AUGGCAAUGUCAUUUGCAAAACCAGAGAAUGCACUGAAGCGUGCAGAAGAGUUGUUAAAUGUUGGACAGAAACAAGGAGCAUGGGACACCAUACAUUGCGUGAUCACCUCGCGGAGAUAUAGAGCAUGGACUAAGACGCUUGAAAGAGUUAUGUUCAAAUAUAUUGACCUUUGUGUUGAAAUGCGUAAGGGUGCCAAGGAAGGUCUGAAUCAGUAUCGUAUUAUGUGUCAGCAAGUCAAUGUAAGCUCAUUGGGGGAGAUCAUUAAACACUUUAUCUAUCUUUCAACUGAGAGAGCUGAGUUUGCUCGUAACAAGGCUGAUGCCCUGGAGGAAGCCCUUGAUAUUGAUGAUUUAGAGGCUGAUACUAGGCCUGAAGAUCUGAUGUUGAGCUACGUCAGUGGUCAAAAAGGAAAAGAUAGGUCUGACCGUGAGCUUGUCACUCCCUGGUUCAAAUUCUUAUGGGAAACCUACAGGACGGUGCUCGAAGUAUUACGAAAUAAUUCAAAGCUGGAGUCACUUUAUGCGCCUAGUGGCAGAGGAUGGAAUUUUGGACAGUUACAGGAUGCCCUUUUGAAUCAUCUGGUAAACCUUAACAAGUACAAGGAUCAGAAGGACCGCCCAGAUAUAUCGGCUCCUGAAAGCCUGCAGUUAUACCUAGAUACGAGAUUUGAACAGCCAAAAAUUGCUACAGAACUCGAGCUCUGGCAGGAAGCAUUUUGUUCAGUGGAACAUAUACAUGGACUCAUGUGCAUCGUUGAAAAACAACCAAAACCAUCUUUACUGGUUAUUUACUAUACUAAGUUGACAGAAAUAUUUCGGAUGUCAUCUAGCCAUCUGCACCAUGCUUAUGCAUGGUUCAAGCUUUUUUCUCUUCAGAAAAGCUUCAAUAAAAAUCUUACCCAGAAGGAUUUGCAGUUGAUUGCAUCUUCUGUAGUCUUAGCUGGUUUUUCAGUUCCUUAUGAUCUCUCGCGUGGGUCAUCUCAUCUGGAACUGGAAAAUGGAAAUCGACGCAACUUAAGGAGGGCUAAUCUAAUAGGGUUCAGCAUUGACGAUACGCUUGAGGAGCUGGUUUCCAAAGGUGUAUUGACCUGUGCAACACAGGAUGUGAAGGACCUCUAUCAUCUUUUGGAACAUGAAUUUCUUCCUCUUGAUUUGGCAUCAAAAGUUCAACCACUGUUAGUCAAGGUUUUGAAGAUCGGGGGUAAGCUUUCAUCUGCAUCUUCUCUUCCAGAGGUACAGCUCUCGCAAUACACUCCUGCGCUGGAAAAACUGGCUGCAUUGCUGAAGCAGUUGAAUAAUAGCUUGUCCAAUCGCAACGUCUUGAGCUACUUUUAUAAUGCAUCAUACAACUUUGAUAACUACUCAAUCUUGCCUUUACUGGAGAAGAUAUCUGCUGAGGCAGUCAAGUUCAAUUUUCUGUCGUUGAAAAUUGAUCAUGGUAAAGGUGCUGUAGUAUUUAACAGUCAGGAUUUUGAAGCCGACAAAAGAAGGAAGCAGCUGAAUAUCAAGCAAAAAACAGUCACAAAUGCAGCGGAAACAACACCAGCACCUGCAAAAUAUGUGCCCAAAUUCAAGAUGCAACUUGACAACUCUAGGCAGGCUUCUGCAUCGGUUUCUGAUAGGUGGGGCAGUGGUCGGUCAGAUGAGCGCCAACCAAGUGACAGGCCUUGUGGCUACGGUUUCGGUAGUGGGGCUAGCGCAAGAUCUAAAAGUCAAAAUUUAAACGAGACACGAGUCCUUAAUCAGUUACCACAAGCUUCAAAACAAGCCUGCAACAAAAGUGUAUUACUUGAAGAAUUAUUAACAAAGGAAAGAUUGGCUCAUUUAAACCUGUUGGAACAGUUGCCUUUGGAGAAGUAUAAAAGUCUCAAAGAAAAUCAAUAUACAGGAAAAACACAAAAAGUAGAAUAUGCAAGAAAAAGAAAAGAUAAGAAAUCUACGUCCGCCAUGGCAAGAGGAAUGAAGAAGAAGAGCAAAGCAGCUGUCAACGAACAUCAAGAGCAGCCGAAAGAUGAAAGGAAACUGCAUACGAUUGAUUGCGUGAACAAUUUGGCGAAGGAUCAGGAACAACCAAUAGUUUUCGAAUGGAAGCCAAUCCAGUGUUUGAACUAUGGCAGGCAAACCAUUCCUGGAUUGAAAGAUAACACUGAAAAAAUGUCGGAAAGAAUAGAAAAGGAGAUUCCUGAGGAAGCAGAGAAGAAUGUUGCACUGAAAACUAAGGGAGAUGAAGUACUGAUUCAAAAUCAAAAGGGAAUGAAGGUGAAACUUAAAGAUAAAUGGAUACAGGAGGUAGAUAUUAAUAGCAAACUGAUGCCACUGGCUCUCCAUCCUGCAUCUGAUUUGAAAACAGUGAAGGUGAUAAAGUCUGUGCUUAAUCAUUUUGAAGCAGUGACAGGGCUCAGUUUCCCUAUGAAAUAUUUAGUGUCAUACAACAAAUCACAAAAUUGGUGGGAGUAUAAACCUCCUCAGGAUAACAGCUGGCAUUGGAAGAAGAUCAAGAUCAAGGAGGUAUUUGCACCAGGAAUCGUGAAUGGAAAGUGGCAGAAUAAUGGAGGGAAGGAGUAUACUGCCACCAGUGGUUACAGAUGGUUGAGAGGAGAUCAGCACAAAUUCCAACCUGCAAGGGUUGUCUGGACUUCAGUUGGACUUCCUAAGCACAAUUUCAUCAGUUGGAUGGCCUGGCAUGACAGAAUACUCACUGUGGAACGAUUGCAGAAGAUGACAAUCCAUAUAGAGAAUUUGGAAGGACUUGAAGUCUUGGCUGAGCAUCAGAAGAGAGAUCAAGACUCUGAGUGCAGGCAGUUUGAUUAA